CCUACCCCCCGCCCUUCCACCAUGGCCGCUUGUGUGUGGUGUGGGGAGAAGCUGGUCCUCGGUGUCCUCCUAUAGCGCUUACUGCCUCACCUUCACCCCUCAGGGGCCGGAUCCAAAGAAGCCUCGCUCCCCAACCCUUGGGGCACCAGCCAGGAAGGUUUCCUACCCCCUACUUCAGGGGCAGGACUCCUCUUUUUCCCCCACCAGGAAACGGGGUAGAAACUUAGGAUUUCCCCUUCUCUUAGGGUCAGAAGCUCUUAGGGUCCACCACUUAAGGGGCGGAAGCCUCUCCUACCCUUCCCAUAGGGGCACAGACCUUUACCCCACUGUACUUAGGCACUAACGGCUUUCCUUCAGCACUGCCACUGCAAAGUCAGGACCUAGAGGACCGCCCGCCUUCACCCGCUCCGCAGGCGCGGCCUUUUGGAGGGAGGAGUGGAGAGGACAGGGACCCUUGCCCUCCUCUCCCCCUACUUGUUCCUCUUGCCCCCGGUCCCUGGCAACCCAGAGUUUCCCAUUUCUAGGACUCUCCACCCAUCCACUCCCUGACCUUUUCCUGUCUCCUGGCUGCAGCCAUGGAGUUACAGAAGGGAAAAGGGACAGCAGCAGCAGCUGCUUCGGGAGCAGCGGGAGGUGGAGGAGGAGGAGCGGGAGCAGGAGCCCCAGGAGGGGGGAGGCUGCUACUUUCAACCAGUUUGGAUGCCAAGGAUGAGUUAGAGGAGGUAUGCAAAGGGCCCCCCCAGCAUGAGGAAAUCUGCCUGGGCCUCUUUACUCUUGUCCUUACUGAACCUGCCCAAGCCCAGAAGUGUUACCGCGACUUGGCUCUGGUGAGUCGUGACGGCAUGAAUAUUGUCCUGAAUAAAAUCAACCAGAUACUUAUGGAGAAGUACCUGAAGUUGCAGGAUACCUGCCGUACUCAGUUGGUGUGGUUGGUACGGGAACUAGUGAAGAGUGGGGUUCUGGGAGCCGAUGGUGUGUGCAUGACAUUUAUGAAGCAGAUAGCAGGUGGAGAUGUUACAGCCAAAAAUAUCUGGUUGGCAGAAAGUGUUCUGGAUAUCCUGACGGAGCAGAGGGAGUGGGUACUGAAGAGCAGCAUCCUCAUCGCCAUGGCUGUUUACACGUACCUCCGCCUCAUCGUCGACCACCACGGGACUGCCCAGCUCCAGGCUCUGCGGCAGAAGGAAGUAGACUUCUGCAUCUCACUGCUUCGGGAGCGGUUCAUGGAAUGUUUGAUGAUUGGUCGAGACCUUGUAAGACUACUCCAGAAUGUUGCUAGGAUACCAGAAUUUGAACUGCUUUGGAAAGAUAUUAUCCAUAACCCUCAGGCCUUGAGUCCUCAGUUCACAGGUAUCCUACAGCUUCUUCAGUCGAGAACAUCCCGAAAAUUCCUAGCAUGUCGUCUAACCCCAGACAUGGAGACUAAGCUCCUCUUCAUGACAUCCCGGGUACGGUUUGGUCAACAAAAGCGAUAUCAGGAUUGGUUCCAGCGCCAGUACCUGUCAACUCCAGACAGUCAGUCUCUGCGCUGUGACCUCAUUCGCUACAUCUGUGGGGUAGUCCACCCUUCUAAUGAAGUACUGAGUUCAGAUAUCUUGCCCCGGUGGGCCAUCAUUGGUUGGCUCCUGACAACAUGCACGUCAAAUGUUGCUGCCUCUAAUGCCAAGCUGGCUUUGUUUUACGACUGGCUGUUCUUUAGUCCAGACAAGGAUAGCAUUAUGAACAUAGAACCAGCUAUCCUGGUCAUGCAUCACUCCAUGAAGCCUCAUCCAGCCAUCACUGCCACACUCCUGGACUUCAUGUGCCGCAUUAUUCCCAACUUCUAUCCACCAUUGGAGGGCCAUGUGCGGCAAGGUGUCUUUUCCUCCCUCAACCACAUUGUGGAGAAACGGGUCUUGGCACACCUGGCUCCCCUGUUUGACAAUCCUAAAUUGGAUAAAGAGCUGCGGGCAAUGCUGAGAGAGAAGUUUCCUGAGUUCUGCAGCUCACCGUCCCCGCCUGUGGAAGUUAAAAUUGAGGAGCCAGUUUCCAUGGAGAUGGACAACCAUAUGUCGGAUAAGGAUGAGAGUUGCUACGACAAUGCGGAGGCAGCCUUCAGUGAUGACGAGGAGGAUCUCAACAGCAAAGGAAAGAAGAGAGAGUUUCGCUUCCACCCUAUCAAGGAGACAGUCGUGGAGGAGCCUGUUGAUAUCACCCCUUACCUUGACCAGUUGGAUGAAUCCCUAAGGGACAAAGUACUCCAGCUACAGAAGGGGAGUGAUACGGAGGCCCAGUGUGAGGUCAUGCAGGAAAUCGUGGACCAGGUCCUAGAGGAAGACUUUGACUCGGAGCAGCUUUCUGUCCUUGCUUCCUGCCUGCAGGAGCUCUUCAAGGCCCACUUUCGAGGGGAAGUGCUGCCUGAGGAGAUUACCGAGGAGUCCCUGGAGGAGUCUGUAGGAAAGCCUCUCUACCUAAUAUUUAGGAACCUAUGCCAGAUGCAGGAAGACAACAGCAGCUUCUCUCUGCUUCUGGACCUUCUCUCGGAGCUAUAUCAGAAGCAGCCCAAGAUUGGCUACCACCUGCUCUACUACCUGAGGGCCAGCAAAGCUGCCGCGGGGAAGAUGAACCUGUACGAGUCAUUUGCCCAGGCCACUCAGCUGGGCGAUCUGCACACGUGCCUAAUGAUGGACAUGAAGGCCUGCCAGGAGGACGACGUGCGGCUGCUCUGCCACCUCACGCCCUCCAUCUACACAGAGUUUCCAGAUGAAACCUUGAGGAGUGGAGAGUUGCUGAACAUGAUCGUGGCUGUUAUUGACUCUGCACAGCUCCAGGAGCUGGUCUGCCAUGUGAUGAUGGGGAACCUGGUCAUGUUUCGAAAAGACUCAGUCCUCAACAUACUCAUCCAGAGCCUGGACUGGGAAACCUUUGAGCAAUACUGUGCCUGGCAGCUCUUCCUGGCCCAUAACAUCCCCCUGGAGACCAUAAUCCCCAUCCUGCAGCACCUCAAAUACAAGGAGCACCCAGAGGCCCUGUCCUGCCUCCUGCUUCAGCUCCGAAGAGAGAAGCCCAGCGAGGAGAUGGUGAAGAUGGUGCUGAGCCGGCCCUGCCACCCCGACGACCAGUUCACCACCAGCAUCCUGCGGCACUGGUGCAUGAAGCACGACGAGCUGCUGGCCGAGCACAUCAAGUCCUUGCUCAUCAAGAACAACAGCCUCCCUCGCAAGAGACAGAGCCUGAGGAGCUCCAGCAGCAAGCUGGCCCAGCUGACUCUGGAGCAGAUCCUGGAGCACUUGGAUAACCUGCGACUCAACCUGACCAACACCAAGCAGAACUUUUUUAGCCAGACCCCAAUCCUCCAGGCGCUGCAGCAUGUCCAGGCGAGCUGUGACGAAGCCCACAAGAUGAAGUUCAGUGAUCUCUUCUCCCUGGCUGAGGAAUAUGAGGACUCUUCCACCAAACCACCCAAGAGCCGGCGAAAAGCAGCUCUGUCCAGCCCUCGAAGUCGGAAGAAUGCCACACAGCCCCCCAAUGCUGAAGAAGAGUCCGGCUCCAGCAGUGCUUCGGAGGAAGAAGACACAAAACCGAAGCCCACCAAGCGGAAACGAAAAGGGUCCUCUGCAGUGGGUUCUGACAGUGACUGAGGCCCUGUGGUCCCCAUCCCACCCCCAGUUGGACUGCCCUCUUCUCCUUGGUGAAUCAAAGGUUAAUAGGGGCGGGGGAGGUAAAAGGGGAACCAUGCUCUUCCAUCCCCAAGCUCACCUGGUGAGGAGGAUGAGCUUCCUCCUCUGGCCCAGCCUGAGAAGCUGCCAGGCAGCCCCAGCCCCUCCCCUCCUCUCCUGGGGCCCCCAGCCACCCACACUGCUGCCGCCACUGAUGUUUGGGUUCUCGCUGAAGCCAGAGGCUGUGCAAAAUAGGACCAUGGUGGAAGUCCUCAGCCCCCUGACUCCUCCCCUAGCCUCCUGCCCAGUCUCUGAAAGAGCCAUUUCAACAGAGAAGGGAAACGACAAAGGAGCAGCUGGCCAGAGAAACUGGGAUGACAGUGGAGACUCCCUAUGUAGGUGUCCCUUCCUGCUUGCCCUUCAGGUCUUGAUUUGCUCUGAACAGGCAUUUUAUAGCCAUUCCCUCCACGCACCAGUGUGAAAUGGCUGUCUAAUCUGAGUGGUCAGGCUGCCCAUUCCCAACCAGGGGGCAAGUGUCAUAAGCAUUCAGGAAAGAACCUGGAAGGGUGGCCACAGCCCCACGCGGUGUGCCCUGGAGGCUUGGGUUGGCCUGAGAGGUUGGCACCUCAAGCUGGGCCAGAGCCCAGGGUAGUCCAGAGAAGUUCCAGAGAACUGUCAAGUGGUCCCAUUUCCUUGGGUCUGUUUUCUUUUUCUUUUUUUUUUUUUUUUUUUUUGGCAGAGAUAAUCGAGUCUUAAAAGUUGUUUUUAAAUGACAAUAAAACUAGCCAGAAUGUC